GAUAAGUUUAUUUGUCUAUUUCGUUAAUCAUUCUCAACUAUAAAUACACGAUUACAAUGAGAUAUAAAGUGCAUAGAUUAUUGAGAAACGAUUACUGUUAAUGUCUAAAAAAAUAAAUAAAUAAAUAUACGAAUAAAUGAACACACAUCAAUGGACUAUUUUCUCCGUCGAUAAUACAAUUUCGUAGAAAGAAAUUUUUUCCUAACGGUUGAUCUAUUCCAACGAUUGUCGUUUAUGGUUGUCCAUUUUAAUGGCGAAUAAUACGCGUCGCUUCGUCAUAGUUUGUGGUUCUUCUUAUUUGUGUAAAUCAUAACCUAUUUACUUAUUUAAUUCGCUUGUUUCGCAUGUUGCAUGGAUUAUUUAUUGUGCAUAUCGUCUAACGAGAUCUUUGUAUACUUAACGAGUUGAGUUAUAUGCUACUAAAUAUAAAAAAGGUUCACUGUGUAUAACAUGGAGAUGAUUGAAGAACCCAUUGAGGAAAUACUACUGGAACAAGAAUCCAGAACGAGUGAUUCUUUGGAAACCAACGCGAAACUGAAUCAUCCGAAUAAUUCAAAUAUCUCAGAGUUUCUUGAAAGCCGUUAUGAAAAUCGUGCCGGAACGUUUACGACCGGUAUCGACAUAUUUAGUAAAGAAGAAAAGUUGAAAAUGGAGGAGAGAGCUAAGCGUUUUGGAUUGCCCAAAAGUUUUUUAUCCAAUUACGAACAAGAUUUAUAUACGAGCAUGGGCAUAGGCGAAGAUAAUGAGAAUACAAGGAAUAUUAGAUUGAAUGUGAUACACAUGAGAGGAACCAAAGAAAUGAGCACGAAAGACGUUUUUAAAUAUUUUGAAGACUAUGCUCCGGCAUCUAUCGAAUGGAUAAACGAUGUGUCAUGUAACGUAGUAUGGCUGGACAAUGCGUCGGCAGCUAGAGCCAUGUUAGGUUUAUCAAAACGUAUUGUAGGUGUUAAUGAUAAACUGCAAAGCAAUAAAAGUAAUGCAGAUAUGAUAGAUAGUGUCCCCGAUGAAGACUGCAUCAUAGAAGUUAAACAUGACAGCUUAUCCGAUAAGGAGAUCAAAGGAAAAAAAGAUACAAAUGAAAUAAAUAUAAAAGAUAUUGAUUAUCCUUUACCUCCUGGUAUAUGGAGAAAAGGUAUUGAUUAUCCCAAGUCUAGAGGCAUUUUUUUACGAUUUGCUACUAGAUCUGAUAAGAAACAACCAAACGCAGAGAAGAUGAGCGAAUAUUAUAAAAAAUAUGGGAAUCCUAAUUUUGGAGGAAUAAAAGGGAUAUUGACGGAAUCUCGUAAACGUCUGUACAAACAAAUUAAACAAAGUAGAAAAAAAGUGUCGGAAGAGAGAGAAGAGGAUAGUACAUCUAGGAAACGCAUGAAAAAUCCUUGGGGUGCUUUGUCCGAGUCAUGGGGAAUUAAUGACUCUGUAGAAAAUGAUUUUAUUUUAAAAAAUGAUUACAAGGAUCAAGGACGAAAUAUAAAGGAAAGACUAGGCAUUAAAUUUCCUUCUAAAAAUAUGACGCGUGUCGAAGAAAGUAACAGCAGUGGUAACGACAGCGAUAGCGAAGAAGAUUGGUGCAAAAGAAGUAAAGUGUUACGUAUGCGAAUGCAUGCGGAUGACGAAGAGAAGAAGAUUCAUAAAAGACGUGCUAAACUCAAAACUCAGAUGUUAUUAAAUAGUAUGUCAAGCGGAAAUGAUUUACGGUCGAGACUUGGUAGUAGACCAGUCAAACCGACGCAAUAUCGUGAUGCAAUACAAGUAGUUGUUACAAAUAGAAACGCUACAAGAUUGAAUUCUACAAAAGCUAGCGAUUCCGAGGAAGAAGAUGGUGAAAUCGUAGAGGAUACUCAAGUAGAAGAGAAAGAAGAGGGCGAAUGGCAAGAAACGGAAGAGGAAAAUACAGAGGGCGAAGAAAGGGAAGAGAAUGAGAUCGAUAGCGAAGAUAGCGAUGUAGAGGCAAAAGAAGUACAAGGUCCUAAAGGCAGCGUGAUCAAAGUGGUACAACAUAAGCCACGUGUUGCGUCCACUGUGUGGACGAGAUUAAAUAAUGUAAAAAGUGUAAUUAACAGCAGUAGUUUGAAGGAAAGACAAUCAAGAGGUCGAGAUUUAAGAGAUACAUUAAAAAGUGGCGAUCUACGUUCGCGUAUUGGAAAUCAUACGAGAGGACGUUCGCAAUUAAGGAUAGAAGUGAAAAAUGACAAAUAUACAGAGGAUGGAAACGAUAUUAAGUGAUCAUCAAUUGCAUUUGCGGAUCUGUGAUUUUUUAGAACUGUCUUUAUGAAAUUGAAGAUUUUUAAACUAUACUAUAUCGAACUAAAGGGGAUUGUGUAUUGUGAUAAGAAAAUAAAAUAAAAAAAAAAAAAAAGAAA